ACAGAGAAGAAAGGCCGAAGACCAUAAAGACCGAAAGAUCAUCUCGCACUUCACGCUAUACGUUACCAGACCCAACACUCCGGCAAAGCAUCAAGCACCUUAAGCGCACCAUGGGCGACUACUACUCUUUACCUUAUUACUACAGCCCCUACCGUUGCCUAGUGUGCCCCAUCAUCGUCCCCGUAUUCUUAAUAUUCGCACUGUUGCCCGUCUACAUUCUUUGGCCGUCCGAUCCCGAACUCGAGAUCUCUCAGGUGCAUUUGAAGCGCAUUCAUGUACACAGUGGGCCUGUCAACAACGUCGACCUCUCUCUUGAAGUGACUGUGGCGAUCCAUAACCCUAACUCUUUCUCAAUGACUUAUAAGGGCCUUGACGUGGCGAUCGGGUACAGGGGGAAGAGGCUGGGUUCGGGACAUGUGGAAGCAGGGCUCCGGCGGUUGAAGGGCAUGGAUUCUUCGUACGUGGAGACAGAGUUGGACUUCGAGGGGGUGGAAAUGCCUUAUGAUGUGGUCUUCUUGCUUGACGACUUGGCGACUGGUACGGUCCCGUUUGAUACUGUUGCGGAGCUCUCUGGAUGGCUUCAGUUGAUCGGUUUCGACAGUCCUUUGAAGGUGAUGGUAUCCUGUCAAAUUUUGGUAAACACCAACAAUCAGACCUUUGUUCGCCAAAAUUGUUAUACAUCUUGAGGUCAUCAGACAUUUUGGCCUAAUGUUUGAGUUUGAUCCUCAGGUGCUCGCUGGUAGUUGACUGCCAUCUCGGACUAGAAAAAAGGUUGGCAACUCGGCGUGGUUGGAGCAGUGUGAAGAAGCAAAAGUAAACUAUAAGUAUCUCUUUAGUUACUUAGAUUAACCUUGUAGAGAAGACAUAUGUGUAUGAAUGAAAGGGUAGUCGUGAUCAUUGAUCAAAGACUCUAAUGCCCCCGUAAGGUAUGAGUGAGGCCCUUCUGUUUGUAUUCAUUAUCAUUGAUCAUUGAUCAUUGAUCAAAGACUCUAAUGCCCGUAAGGUAUGAGUGAGGCCCUUCUGUUUGUAUUGCCAACUUCUCAAGCAACUACGACUAUAAGCUUGAAUUGCAAGAUUUCUAUAAUCAAUUUUCAUUUUCGCAAUAUGCCCCGAGUCA